GUAAAUUGUUUUCACGAAUCAAUUUUAAAAUGAAGCGUUUGUGAUCCUUUUUAAAUUGGGUGGCGACAUCUAGAAAUAUUUUGGACAACGACCACCGAUGACGGCUUAAAAUUCGGGUCAAAAAGAUCAAAGGCGCCGACACGAGUUGUCCAUACUGACUGUUGUCUAUACUGUGGUCACAGGCCUUUGCUCUGCUGCCGGAGUGCCGGAUACUAUUUCCAACGUGGUUUUGAAGAUGCGUGCGCACGGAAAGUCACGAUGGAAGUUUUACGAUCUUACAGGAAAAGGGUCAAUAGGACUGGAGUUACUUUGGGACUGGAAUAGUGUUCUUUCCGGUCCGUUAACUCAAUAAUUCUAGUACAGUCUGUCGUAACCUCAAAUCGUAAACACAUCAAACUUUCGUUGACAGAUAGCGAAAAUUACUAGCCUCGCGCUAUCUUUGUUUAACACAUAGGUUAGGUUCCUCUCUGUCGAAUUCCGACCACAGGCAGUUUGCCGUACUUUCUAAAAGUAAUAGUAGAUCUAGUGACUUUAAUGAAAGCGGGUUAGUAAAAAUAGCGAGUUGUCCCUACUGAUUGAUAUCUAUACUGUGGAUUCAGUGUCACAUAUGCAACACACAAUACAACUGUGUUACAAGUUUUCCCAAUGCUUUUGAUAAAAAUAAUAUCAAGAAUAUUAUAACCUAGUUUUUUUAUGCGUGUGAUGUGUGCGGCAUCGGUUUUCAUAACAUGCUAAUUCGACAAAUAAUAAAAUGCGGCAAACCAAAAUUUUUAAGACACUAUUCCAACCGCAACAUUUUAAAAUUAAAAGAAAGAGGAAUGUUCCAAGAUAUCUUUCCAGAUACUGCGGCAAAUACGGUAAAGGACUUGUUAAAUGCAGCUCCACAGUGUGUGUACGCUGGCUUCGACCCAACUGCUGAUAGUCUUCAUAUAGGCAAUCUGUUGGUUCUCGUCAAUUUAUUGCAUUGGCAACGAGGAGGCCAUCAGCCUAUAGCUUUGAUUGGAGGUGCUACUGCCAAGAUUGGAGACCCUAGUGGCAAGAGUACAGAACGAGAAAAGUUAUCAACCACUUUCAUAGAUGAAAAUAUAAAAUGCAUAAAACGGGACAUUGACAAGAUUGUUUACAAUCAUGCAAAAUAUUUGUGGAAGGGAGAGGAUAAACUGCCUCCUGUGAAAUUUGUUAAUAAUGAAGAAUGGUAUAGCAAAAUGACUGCUACUGAACUUAUAGGUGGACCAGGACGUUACCUAAGAAUGGGAACAUUAAUUAGCAGAACAAGUGUGCAAACUCGACUACAGUCACCAGUUGGAAUGAGUUUUACUGAAUUCAGUUAUCAACUAUUCCAAGCAUAUGAUUGGUUACAUUUGUAUCAAAAAUAUAAUUGCAUGUUCCAGAUUGGCGGAAAUGAUCAAAUGGGUAAUAUAAUGUCUGGACAUGAACUCAUCAGUAAAACAUGUGAUAAACAAGUGUAUGGUCUCACUCUUCCCAUAAUUACAAGUGAAAUGGGUGACAAAUUUGGCAAAUCAGCUGGCAACGCCAUGUGGUUGUCACCAGAAAAAACUUCUCCUUUUACCCUUUAUCAGUUUUUUGUUCGACAACCUGAUGGAGAAGUAGAGAAAUUGUUAAAAUUGUUUACAUUUGAUACUAUAGGAAGUAUCAAGGAUUUAAUGAAACAGCAUGAAGAAAAACCUGAACUGAGACUACCUCAAAAACACCUGGCCAAACAAGUUAUUUUAUUAGUUCAUGGAGAAAAAGGCUUAGCAGAAGCAUUAAAAGCGACACAAGCAUUAUAUGAGCAAAGUAUCUCAGCUUUGGGGCAAAUGAAUGCUUCAGAAAUAAAGAGCUUAUUUCAAGGAGCAACAGUUGUAGAUAUUUUGCCCAAUCCAGGACAAAGUGUAUUAGAUUUAUCAAUGAAAGUUGGAUGUUUUACAACUAAAGAAGAUGCAGUUCGAAUAAUUUGUGCUGGAGGUUUUUACAUAAAUCAUCAACGAACCAACAACCCUAAUGAAAUUUUAAACUUAAAUGUUCAUAGAUUAGCAAAUAACUUAACUUUACUAAGAGUAGGCAAAAGAAAUUACUAUGUAGUGAAAUGGCUUGGUUAAGUUGAAUUAAAGCUUGACAUUCUUUAAAAA